CUAUAAGUACACUAAAGAAACGCAUAUCGCCACAACAAUAGACAAGUUCAAGUAUUUAUUCUUUCACUAUAAAAUAGAUAUGUAGAGCUAAAUCUCGGCUAGUAAACUGUAUGAUCUGUUAACAACUGACAAUAUUGUAGGUGUUAAUUAUAGAUGCCGGAAUAAAUAUAGAUUAAACAAAUGCACGAGAAUACGCGUUUAAGGAAAGUGAGGUAUUUAUUUAAUAAUAAGAAUCCGUCCAAAUGCAAGGAAUCAAGAGGAUUAUAGUGUUCUGCAUCAUGACCGGCAUUCUACCGCCGCUGCUCAUCAUCACCCCCUUGUACUUGCGAAACAGCGUGUUCGCCGAGGUGACUUAUCCCGUUGCUGAGUCCGACGUAUUGGCGCUGCAGGAAGGCGUCUCCUCCAUAUUUUGCGAAUCGCUAUCGGUCAAGAUGGACAUUCCGUUCAACGCGUUUCAACUGCAGGGCAAUCCCAAACCCAGUUCCAAACGGAAACAUAUUCGGCUGAAGAAAUCGAUGAUUUUGCCCGACGACACUUUGGAGUAUUGGGGCUUCUAUCUACUUAAAGGGGCUACAGUCAAACUUAAGGUAUGUUCAAGACACGAAGGCUCCAGGAUACUGGUGGUUCGCGGAGAAAAAAAUCUAAAAACCUGCGGUUUGUUGGAGCACAAUUACGAAAAAUACGGAGCGAAAUUCGACAUGGAACACAACCGCGUCAACGUGACCUACGAGAGACCGGCAGAAGAAUUAGGACUAGUCGACACUGCUGCGGACAAUAACACUGCGGCGAAUAAUGCGGGCCAAGAAGUGUUCGGAGACAGCGAAGAGGUCGAUAUCUACAUCAGAAAAAGGAUCGAAAAAGGCAAAACGCGCCUACAGAAAAUCAAUUCUACCAGAAGCAAGGAAAAUACGACAUCCGUAGUUCGCGAAAAACACUUCGCGCUGCACAAACCGAAUAAACCCGAGUACGAAGAAACAUCUGAACGAGCGAAUUAUGGUAGAAAUAAAAGAAACAUCGAGGAACUGGACGUGCACGUCCAACAUGGUGGAAAUGCCUUUAACCAAACCGAGUUGGACAAUAAUGAAAGUACUAGCGUUAGCAGUUUCGAAACAGGCUUGCUCACAUGCUACGACGGACAAAUCCUGUUAACUCAGGGGUUUUCACCAAGUCGUACCUGUGAAAAAAUCCACGAUUUGGAAAAGAUUGAUCAUAUGGUUACUACCCACGAGGUGGCUUCCGACGGCUACUACUACUACAUCUUCUAUUCCGACAACGAUUUCGUCAAGAACGAGAUCCACGCGAUUUUCGACAUCUACAAACCCACUUACCAAUACGCGGAAUCGGCCAAGAUCAAGGAGUGCGUCAACAGCACCGAGUGCAAAUUCGACCUGAGCAUCAUGUCGGACGAGGUGGUGAUCGUGGAGAUACCGACCCACGACGGUAUCGAGCACAAAGACGAUGACAUCGGCUUCAUUACGAGCACCUGCCAUCCCAGAAUGACCGUCUACAUGAUAUUCCCCAUUCUAGUACUGUUGCUUAUAUUAGGCUGUGCAUUUUUGUAAAUAUUUAUCUCUAGAUAAUUUUUUUAAUAUAAUUGUUUUGUUUGUA